AUGACUGCCGCAGCGUUCUGGGCCUUCCACGAUGAGCUCAUUACACAGGCCUUUGAGCGACUGUGGGUGCGAUUCCUGGCUAAAUUGAGCCACCAAGCUAUGAAAAGUGUGGAGAAGGAAAGUACAAAACAGCCACACGCUGGCAGAACCCCUGACCCAAAACCUGCUGGAUCUCACCAGAUCAUGACACCUAUAGCGAGACAGUGGAGACGGAGUCAUAUGCCUUGUUCUAGACAGCUCUACCCUACAGGCUGCCGCUGUCUUCCUAGGCCUCAGACCAUCUGGGAACGACUUCAUCUGAGCAGCUCACACACUGGGGAGGAUGGGAGACCCCGGGUACACAUUCGGGUCGCAGAUAGCAAUAAGACCAGUGGGCAGCAAGCUCUGGACUGCAAUGGUGCCUGA